AUGUCCCGUGCUUCUUGUAACCAAUACUAUGGCGGCACCACGAGGGUCUUGGACAUGUUCAGAUCUUGGUUGCAGGCACACGAAGAGGCCCAGGUGAUGCUUGCAAGUAUAUUAGUGGUCUUCGGGUUGUGGUGGUUAUUACGGUCACUGCUGGCUCUGCUUAUCAACCUCGUUUGUCCGCUACUGUUCGUCUUAUUGGCCGUUAUUUGCGUGCCCCAACUCAGGGAACCGCUUAUGGGACAAAAUUACCAUUUACUCGCGAAUCUUCUGCGAAGUAUAUUACUCAAAAUGGCUGAAAGUUUGAAGACA